AGGACAGCCAGGCUUCCCUCCUCCUCCUCUGUAGUCCACUAGCAGGAGGGGGUGGAAGCGUCUCCUCAGAGGGGGAUGCUCUAAAAGACCCAAGAGGCAAGGUGGUCAAGCAGUGCCCCUGGCAGCCUGGAGUCCUGCCUCCGAGACGCCCGCAGCAAUGAAGGCACCACUGGCACCAAGUGCCCUUUUGCUCCUCUGUCUGCUGUUCCAGGCUUAUUGCAAUGAUGGGGAUGUGGAAGAGACGGCUGGAGUGACACCACCCCCACCACCCCAGCAUCACACUUCCAGGACUGAGAAUGACUACGAGAAAUACAGCAAGCGGCCGAGAGGUUCUGAGUGUGUGCGCUGUUGUGAUCCUCCUGAGCGCUUCACAGCACACCCUGCCUACCAGCCUUUACCUCAGAUCAAUAUGACCAUCCUGAAAGGUGAGAAAGGGGACCGUGGUGAGCGUGGCCCUCAAGGCAAGUUGGGCAAGGGCGGUUCUGCAGGGAGCAAAGGCCAAGUAGGCCUCAAGGGGCAAAAGGGAAACAUGGGCUCUCCAGGGGAGCGGUCCAAGACCAACUACGCUGCCUUUUCGGUGGGCCGGAGGAAACCCCUGCACAGCAAUGACUACUAUCAGACCCUCGUCUUUGACACAGAGUAUGUGAACCUCUACAGCCACUUCAACAUGUUCAUGGGCAAGUUCUAUUGCUAUGUGCCUGGCAUAUAUUUCUUCAGUCUCAACGUUCAUACUUGGAACCAGAAGGAGACCUACCUUCACAUCAUGCACAACGGGGUUGAAGCGGCCAUCUUGUAUGCGCAAGCUAGUGACCGAAGCAUCAUGCAGAGCCAGAGCCUCAUGCUGGAGCUGCAGGACCAAGAUGAAAUCUGGAUUCGGCUCUUCAAGGGUGAGCGCGAAAAUGCCAUUUUCAGCGAUGAAUAUGAUACGUACAUUACCUUCAGUGGAUACCUAAUUAAGCCCAGCUCUGAGCCCUGAAUCUGCAGGCAGAUGGACAAAAUGAUACUAAGAACUUCACAAUGCUU